AUGGGCUCCGCCAUAUCCAGAUGCAACUCCAACUCCAGGAGCAACAGCCACGGCCACGGCACUGGCCCAGGAAUCUCUGAGAUGGGCCAGAAGAUUUUCGAGAGACAGCCGAAUUGGCUCACCCCACCGUCCAAAUGGCGCUCUCACCACUGCUCCCACCAGCCAGUGCGCUAUCGCACCCCCACCCCAUACCCCAAGGACGACAGGAAACGCUGCGACUAUACGCUUCUCCACGAAAAGAACAUGAUCAUCGAGACGCCAGUUGCGGACCAUAUUGAAGUCAAGAAACCCUCCCAGAAGCACCCGGCCAUGGUGCACUCGCGCCACGGACAACAGUUGCCCCCCAACAGCACCCUCACUAUUACCUGGGAAAGCCACCCCCGUCUAAACCGCUUUGAGCGUGCCUCGUGA